CUGUGCCUUUAAGGCCUGUGAGGUGCAGGCUGGGAAGGGCUGCGAAAGAAUGAGCGGCUGCCGUCGCGUCCAGGUUGAAGGGGAGGGUUCCCCCUCUUUCCCGCAGGCUGGAAGGGGAGGGUGCAGUGCCCCGGAGGAACAACCAGUCGGGGGAUUCUUGGCUGCAGCAGGAGGGCGUCCCCACAGCGCGGUCCCUGGAAAGGGCACAGGCAGCUCUGCCCUCCCCCAGGAAACUUGGAGGAUCCUCGCGUGACGUCCCACCAUGCCUCGCCGCUAGCCACGGCUGCCUGAGCCGCCGGCGGCAUAAGACCUGCGCGGGGUGGUGGGCGCGGUAGCAGCAGGAUGCUGCUGCGGGCAGCCGGGACUCCCGCGCUGGCUCCCCUAGCAGAAGGAGCGCCUCCUCGGGGUUCCCCUUUCGAGCUGAGCAGCCUGUUUUGCUUGCCACUCUUCUUCAGGCGCGCGCGCUUCGCUCUGCGGGCGGCGUGAGCUCGGCGCGGGGCAGGUCCUGUGACGUGGGUGGCUUCUGCUGCUGCUGCUUUGCCGCCGCCGCGCCUCCUGCUGGCUCCUUCGCCCGGUGCUCACUUGCGAGAGGGAGAGAAGCAAGUGUGGUGCCCUUCGCGAGCCCUUUCGUCGCCGGCGCUUCUCCGCCACUACCACUGUGUUUACUUUACAGUCCGCUCCGGAGGGUGAUCUCGGCUGGCAGCCAGGUGCAAAUGCCUUGAGCCUCCUGCCAUGUAAAGGGUUUCUCCGAAACUCGAGCGAGAGAGGGACGGGGCUAAUAAUGGUCAGUCAUGUCUUGGCUGGCUUACUGGCUGGGUGAGGUCCAGCGGCUCUCGCUGCUCUCCUUGUUUGCGGCUGCUUUGGCCAUUGUCGCCGUCUACCUGGUGCAGUAUGGCCUGAGCGCUCUGCGACAAGGCGGGAGGAAGCCGCCUCCUUCGCCGCCGCUGCCGCCGCCGCCUGCGGAACUUCUGCAAGGGAAUGAGGACUCCCUCUUUGCCUGGCUGCUGGCUCGGAGCAGCUGGAGGAGCCAGUGGCAGAAAGCCUGGAUCACAGCGCUGAACAGAGAAGCCCGAUUAAGGGAGGAUUCCCACUUGUUUACAUUUGAAGAAGAUGCAGCUCCUCAGCCUCUAGAGCUUGUAGUGCAACGAGUGGUUAGUGUGGUCACGUCUGCUGAAGAAAAGGUGGUCUCUUGCAACGUAGCUGGAAAUGCCUUUAAUUUUAUUGUCAGUUUGUCCGAUAAUUCAUCUACUGCAGAAUGUCAGUCUUACAGUGUAAAACUGUCUCCACUUCACUUGCAGCUGGAACUCUCAAUGAAAGCCAAAGAGGAAGACAUCCAGGUCAAGUGGUCUUUUAUUCACACCACAGAAACUAAUAUUGAAGUCACGCCUAUUAAAGUGCAAGAGGACCAGACAGAUGGGACAUGUGUAGUGCCAGAAACACUUAGAAAUGUGUUGCAGAAUCUCAUUGGUUCAGCAUCUCCUUCUGUGGUUCUCUGUACAAAACCUACAGAUGUAAAGACAAUUCAGAAUGUACAAUAUACAGGAACUCUCCCUCAGGGCACUAGUCCUCCGAAACCUCCAAGGGUUCAUGAACUAAAACUGCUAAUGAGGAACAUUAAAGCUACACUGACCAAUCAGUGCACUACAGGCAGAAUUAAGCCAUUGUGCAUAAUUCAGCUCAAUGACCCUUUGCAGAAGUUUUCCAGUUCUGUAGCCAAUAAUCCCAUGGACCUCUCUUGGAAAGAAGAGUUCAUCUUUGAAUUAAAUGCCAAAUCAAAAGACCUGCAAAUAAAGAUAGUAGAAAAUGGGGAACUGGAUAGUGGCUUCUCGGCUUUAGCUACUGUGCCUUUGGACUUGUUCAGGAAACAGCCUUCUGGACACAGAAGUUUUGCACUGCACAGCCAGCUCAGCAGCAGUAGCUCUGUAGUAGGAUCUCUAUUUGCAGAGUUCUCCUACAUAGAACCUUCAGAGUCUAGAUACAUGCAAGCUCCUGUUAAAUUUCCUGUUGCAAAAGUAGAAAAGGAUAGAACUGUGAUGCCAUGUGGGACUGUAGUCACUACUGUUACUGCUGUGAAAGCCAAACCUUUAAUAGACGGGAGAUCAUCUGCUCUGCAUUCAGAUUCACCAGUGAGAAGUCCUGUUAAAGUGAAGGUGAUUGAAAAGGAUUUGUCUGUUCAAGCAAUCUGUUGUCAGAAAGCUUCAGUAAGCAAAGCCUUAUCUUCAUCAGAUACAGAGUUACUGAUGCUGAACGGCACAGAUCCUGUUGCUGAAGUAGCCAUUCGACAGCUAAGUGAGUCUGCAAAGCAAACACUCAAGUCUCCCAGGAAGAAAAGUACCAUCAUAAUAUCAGGGGUAUCAAAGACUAAUUUAUCUCAGGAUAGUGAAGCUGCACUCAUGAUGGACUAUGCAGCAGCCAUGGAUGGCUCAUAUAAACAAGAUAACACUUCCACUGUGGAGCGGGGUCUCACACAAUCCCCUUCUGAUGAAGAACUGUCUCUGUCUGCAUCCCAAACACUACCUGCCCAUGAAGACCUCCAGGAAAACAGCCAUGAUACCUGGACCUUAGAUGACAGCAGCCAGCAAUGGCACAGCAAUGCACUACUAGACCAAGACUGUGAGAAGAUGUCUGGGAGCUCCAUAAGCAUCUCAGAAUCUGGAACUGUGAAGAAAUCCAAAGGUGGAAUCUUUAAAAAGAGUGCAAAGCUCUUUUUCCUCAGACGGCACCAUCAGAAAGACCCAGGAAUGAGCCAAUCGCAUAAUGACCUCAUUUACCUACAGCAACCCACAUCUGAUAGUACUCGGAAAAAAGGGGGGACCCUAACACGCAUUCUGAAUAAGAAAAUUCUCUCUAAGAGCAAGAGCAAGAACAAACUGAACGGCACAUCAGUUGAACCCUAUGCGUAACAUCUAGAACAUGCCAAAUAUUAUCUGCACAUGACCAACUGUUUACAGGGACAUAAACAAACUGUCAUAUGCUUAAUGAGAUUCGCUAAUGCUAUGGUCCAUGGAAGAGGCUGGGAAACAAAGCAGGGGAAUGGAAUUGGCAAAAGAAGGCUUUCGGCUUUUUUUUAAGUAGCAAAGACUAAGGCCUCAAUUCUAACACACUUACUGAGAAGUAGACUCAUGGAAAUCAAUGGGCCUUAGUCUAAAACACGUUAAUAGAAAUGUAGGUUUAAAAUGUGGUGUUUAAACCUGGAACUGAACAUAAGAGAACCAGGGGGUUAUAGUGGACAAUUGUCUGCAUGAAUGUAUGUUAAUAGUGGCAUAUCAUGGUCACACUUUUUGUUUUUGUUUUAAUAAUAUGGUGAAGAGUAGCAAUACAAACUCUAAACAGGGUAUGAGUUGGGCCAAAAAUAAAAUAAAGGGGUGGGAGGAAGCAAGAAAUCGAGAUCCAGAUGAUCUGAACUGAGAAAUAAAUUUUAGAAUGUUUCUAGAGGGAGACAUUUAAUACCGAAUGGGGCAGCCUGCAGUAAUAAUUGCAAAACUUGCGUAAAUAGAUUUGCCUUGAUAGAUAGUAGCCAUAUGAACUGGUAACUUGUGCAAUUGCUUAUGAAUCUAAUCUUAAUAUUCUGGGCAGAUGCCAUGAUAAAAACCUCUGUUUGCUUUAAGCCAGUCAACUUGGGAAAUAUUUGAAAAAUUUUCAUGUCCUUACUUCCAGGGUCUAGAGAAAACUCAUAUUGCCAAUGUAACAACAUACCUUGGGGAGCUUACAGGUUAUUAAAAAAAAAUUACUCCCCCAUGACAAAACAAGGGAUAAAUAAUACUAAGUAGUUUAACUUUAGUAUUUCCUAAAUAGUUCCUUCAGAGUUCUAUUUUGGGACAAAAUAGUACACUAUAGUAUGUCCAAGGAUGUGUGUGUUGGAAUAAUUUGCUGCUUAAUGCCAGCAGUGGGGAAUGGAAAAACAUGUUCUCCACUUCAUGUCUGGAGGCAAGGAACAGAUCUUUUUUUUUUAAAAAAAAUUACACAUUCUUUAGAUGUGUUCCUUAUUGAAAGUGUAGGCCUGUCUUAGUCUGGUGACAUCACUGAGGAUGCACCCUUGGAGCUUGAUGUGGGCCCACCAAACAAAGGCCUAUUAUCUGUCUUAAGGCAAAACCUGGUACCAGUACCAUUGCUAUGUUUAACUAAUAAAUAGAGUUCAUUGGGUUAAGGACUGUUGCUCCCAAUAUACAACUUGGUGGUGACUUACAUAAGCUAUGAUGGUAGCAUUUUUUGAUACAGCCAUUAGUAGUCCAAUAUAAAAAAAAAAAAAAAAACCCAACCUGUUACUGUAAUGCAGCAAGAGUUUGCAGCAUCUUGGGCCAAAUUCUAGCUUCUCUUACGAAAGUUUAUUAUAGACUGACUGCUAGAGAAUUAACUUAUAAAAAUGAAAUAUUUCAUGUGUAACAGAAGCACCAUGACUUUGAUUCUAAGUGCAUAGGUUUGGAAGUUUAACCCAGCAGGACUUGCUUUCAUGUAAACGGAUUUAGGAUUGGGUUAUGAAUACACUUAAUUAUAAUUUUUCUUAUGUAGUUUGAUGAUGGCACACAAGUGGAUUGAAAUGCAAAACUAUAUAAAAAAGAAAGAAAAACCAUGCUGCUGUAUGUCUUACAAAUACUUGAAGACAUUUAAAAACUAUUUGAUAGUCUUAACUCUGUGUUGAAUUUUUUAAAAAAUGAAAAAUACCAAAGGUGUGAUAUGCAGUUUGUGUCCUUUAAAAAUAUAUCUAUUUAAAUAAU